UAACUCAGAAUGUCUGGGAGCUACUUUUUAUUUGUUUAAAACUAAAAUUAUAAUUUUAAAAAUAAAUAAUAAAGCGAUACUGUUACAUACUUGCGCUUUUUAUCUACUUUUUUUUCACGUUCAGCUGUGGUUUAAUAUUUUCAUUUGUUUUGGCCAACAGCAUGUUGUUUAGGCUAGUCUAAUAUUAAAAGCGGUUGAAAUGACCUGCUUGUAUUAUUAUAAUUGUAUGGCGCACGAGAAACGUGGCGUUCAAUGAAUGGGCAUGUGUCUGCUUGCUGUGCGCGAAUGCCCCACUCAACCGGUCGGUGCGAUGCGAUAGGCCCCAUUAAUAUUAUAGAUUUUUUUUUUAAAUAAUAAUAACUUGUUAAACUAGCAUCGCCGUAACUCAAAGUGGGAUAGUUAUUCAUAGAACGUGAUAAUGGGUUUCCUAAUAGUUUAGCUAAUCGAAGACUCGUUUUCUAGUUGUGAUUGGUGUGUAGUCUGUGUUGUUCAUGGUUUCUUACAGUACUAAACCCCUCCUUUUAUUUAGUGCCAAGCUGCAUGCAAUUGAUGGCCAAAUGGCCAGAGGAAGACCAAAAAAAACUACAGGUACAGCCAAAAGGGGACGCCCAAGGAAAAUUAAAGUAAUUAAAAGUAAUGAUGAUGAAAGCGGAGAUGAAGAUGAUAGUUUAAAAAAGGCUACCAAAACUACCAAGAAAAAGUCAAAUAUUUAUAAGGAUGUUAAAUUCAAAUCCAAAGCUCCCAUUUUGGACACCUGGAUUUGUACCAAAUCUGAAGCAUCCCUAGGCAGCUCCCCAUUUGACAGCAGGAACAUCUUUGAUGUGUCUUUGGUCUCACUGGACAGUGUGGACUACAGGCUCUGUUCUCAGUCCCAGCCCGUGCGGGAACCAUCAUCCGCCAACGCACUGAAACAAGCCAGGGUCAUAUUAAGGAGAGUUAAAAUGAUCAGUGAUGCUCACAGUAGGAAAGAUCAAGUGAAUUCUGAUGUAGCUUUGAAAAACAAAUCAGCCCCAGCCAAAGAUGUGAAUGAGAAUAUCAAAGAGCUGAAGAAGAGCCCUGUUAAUUGUAAAAAAUUACCAGAAGAGACUUUAAAAGAGGAGAAAACUGAAUGUGUUUCUCCUUUAUCCCAGAAAGAAUCUGAUUGGGAAAGUGAUUUUUGCAAUGGUAGAGAAUAUGGACCAAGGAGACUUUCUCCUUUGAAAAUUCCAAAAAGUCGGAUAGUCUUGCCACAGUAUGACGACAGUGAUGAUGAUAAAACUCCUGAAUAUCCUUUACCCGAGGACUCUUUAUUUUUGAGUAGAAAUUGGGUCUCUAACUCAUUAGCCAACAGAAAUCUCUUCUCUGACAUCUCUUCUUUCACAUCACAAAAUAAAAUCCCUGCAGAUGAAAUCAAGGGAGAAAACCUAAGGGAGGUGAGUCCCGUAGAUGUGAAAGAAGACAAGCCAAAAGUACAAAGGAUACAGUUGAUCCCAAAGGUUUACUCUAGGUCAGAUAAAAAUAUAAAGUGUGAAACUGUACAGAAAAAUGGCAUGGACGCUGAAUGCCGGCAAGAUGAGGCCAUUCCUCAGUUAUCCCCAGUGCCUAAAGAUGGCAGCCUGCUGAGCCGCUCACACUGCCCCUCCCAGCCACCAACGUUGGUUUGUAUUGACCAUGAGAGCAUUCCAGAACUUACCAAUGGAAGUUAUCAUGACUGUUUGGUUACUGACAGUGAUUUAAUCAAAAAGAAAUUAAGUUAUCUUAAAAGCUGUGAUGAAAGUGUUUCUUUAACGGAGAACAAUGACUCGAUUAAAGUUGAUUCAAUGGAUACAAAACUAACAAUGGGUGAGGAAUUUAAUUCUGGUGGUCAACCAUUGGUUGCCCAGGGAACUAGCUCUUCACCUUGCAGAGAUAGUAUUGAAUCAAGUAAUUUAACUGCAGACAUGGAAUCUGCACAGGUUGAGAGACAUGUGACAGCAGUAACACUGAGCCAAGAGAUGGCUCCCUGCUCUGGUUCUUGUCUUGACUCUACAGGACCAUCUGCUGUUGUUCCUCCAGCUGCAAAUUCACCUUUUACUGCUGAGUUAGAUCCUACAAAUGUGUCCUGUAAUCUAGCUGAAGAAAGUCAGCUAAACAGUCUCAGGUUCUCAAAUACUUGUCAGGAGGACGACGCAAGAAAUAUUUCUCUUUCUGAGACUUACAUAGCUGAACAAAACUUGAUUAACAUAAUAUCAGGAGAUUCUGUGGAACACGAAAAAUAUAUUUCUUGUGUUGAAAAUGUCGUAUGGGAGGGAAUUGAAACGAAUGUGGAAUCAGUACAAAAUGAAAUGCUAUCCCAAGAAAGCCCAAUAAAUUUUAGUUCUGAUAAUUUGACAUCUUCAAAUGUUGAAAGCUAUGAGGGGAGAACACAUGCUGCACAUUGUAGUGACAGGUGCAGUGCAAACAUGGUGUGUGACAAUGAUGUGUUCAACAGAGAUGGUAGUUCAGGGUUGAGUCACCUCAGUGUUAACAUCACAACUGGUGAUACAGGAGCUGAUACACGGGGUGAUACAGGAGCUGAUACAUGGGGUGAUAGAAGGAGUGAAAGUACAGUUGAGCAGUGCUCAGAUUCCAUCCUCCCAGAGGCUGCCGACUACAGUCUCGCUGCUCUAGCAGCUAGUGGUGAGAGGAGAAAAAGUCUUGGCUUUGAUGCAGAUAAGUGCCUGACUAGUUCUUCACACAGUGUUGUACAUGUGAACACAGCUUUAGGUGCCAUCCCACCAUUGACCCGUAUAGCAAAUAAUGAACCCCAGCCUAUGAACUUAACCCGGGGUUCUAGCUGUGAGCAACAGAAAAAAGAACAAAAAACUGCACCAACAACACAGAACAUGUCCACAGAAAAACUAAACUCUUCUCAUGUUUUACCUAUGCAGGUUCAUAAUGUUGGCCCUAAGGAAGUGGUUAUGGCUAAAGAAAAACCUUAUCCAUCAAAAUCUCCCAGUUUAGAGGACUAUAGAAGUGGUAUUAGUUCUAAGUUAAAUGGUAAAAUAAAACCAGUUAACCCUCUAAUAACUAGUGAGCCUGUUUUAACUGCUAGCAAAGUCCCAGAAAACAGUUCGAGAAAUGAACAGCAUACAGCCGUACCUCGUCAUGAAGGAACACAUGAUAAAACACGUAACAAAAUGCAGGUGAGCAGUGCUUGUUCCUUCAUUGAGAAACCAUUACCAGAGAACAGCACUAGAUGGAUUCCUAAUGACCCUUUGUUUGAGCCAAAUCCCAACUUCAGCAUGUAUUCAUCUAGCUCUGAAGAAGUCUUGAGGACUGGUAUGGUAGCGAACAACUACUAUGGCACUGGUCCGUAUUCUGUAGCAGAAGUUCAGAAGAAAAGAUCCAGCAUGGAAGGACAUGAACUUGAAAGCCAGAAGAAGAAGGUGAAAGCCAAUGAAUAUAUCAGCAGACAGCACACCCAUUCCGAUGUAGUUUCUUCUGCUGGGAGAGGUUUCUUGCCUGAAGAAACCUACACCAAUUCCUGGGAUAAAACACAUCAGAACUAUCCGCUGCCCCAGCCUGUCUCAACCAAUCGGGAUAUGCUACAAGUUAACCACAGCAAACCUUACCAUGGGAACUAUCCCGCCGUAUCCCUGCAACAUCCAUUCUUCAAUACUAGUGUGCGACUAACCUCCGCUAACUACGUUAACCCAAGCAUAAACCCAGCCUACGCUGGCAGUCUUAGCUCCAGCACGUCAGGUCAUUCACCCUGUGUGCAGAACAUGCCAAUCUACUCCACUGUUAAUGGAACAAACUCACAUAAGGCAAACAGUCAACAUCUGGUACACACUGGCUUUAAUAUGCCAGCUAUGAAAAGUCAUGGCACAGGCCACCAGCACAGAGAUACCACAUCUAGUGUCAGCUCUCUGCAUCCCAGAACAUCUGCAGGCAGUUUUGUCAGAGGUGUCCAGAGUGAUUCCAGCAGUUUAUUAGUGCAAGAUCCCAGUAACUCGCAGUACAUAUAUGAGCCUACAAAUCCAGUGGAGUUGACUGCUUACGCAAACAGUGGUAGACAGCCAUUGUGGCAUCAACAUGUGACUAACACCCCCAUUUCUGGACCCCCAGCCCUUAUCAGGAGCAACUUUCAUGACUUUGUCAGUCAAAGCCUUCCUCAACCUUCAAGUCAUCAGCCCACCUCAUUUUAUCAAUCAUCCUCAAUGCCUGGUUCUAAACAUUCUAAUUACAAACAUUCCAGGGGUAAAUAUGUAUCAUCUAACGAGGAUAAUUACUUGAUAACACAAGCAGUUUCGAGAAAUGUCGCCACCAUUCUAGCACAAAGCAACCAUAAAGAGAAAUAUCCUCAUGAGAAAGUUAUACAUGAGCAGCACAACACCACUAGGCAGCACCAUGUUGAUCAAGGCUCAAAGACAUCCCAGCACAGGAAUAAAAGCACCCUAGAUCCUCUCAUCAAUCAGCUUGUGGCCAACUCCACCUCUGUGAAAGUGCACCAGAAGCCCCACCCUAGCCAGGCAGCUCUGACCAAUGCUGAUCUAGAGAGAGAGAACCUGCUCAGACAUUUUUAUGCUGCCCAGCUUGGGAAACAAAAGUUAAGGGCAGAGCACUCCGUAGAGAAAGAGUUGAAGUACCCAAGUUGGGUCAGAGUUCCAGAAACAGUGGAAAGUAAACAGCAGCCUAAAACAAAUAGCUCUGUGGCUGACCCCAGCAACACUGUUGGCCAGAGGAGCCCCGGCUCACAGAACAUUACUGUCACUGACCCCAGCAUCACAGCUGUCCAGAAAACAUCUAGCUCGCACCUCCCUGUGACUGACCCAAGCGGCACAGUUUUACAGAAGAACUCACACAGCUCGCCUGCUGUGAAAACAAGCUGUUCUAGAGGCUGGCAAAAAUCAUCAGAACAACUGGCUAGACUUCUACUCACACCAAACAAUACCAGACCAGCAGAUAGUAGAGCUGAAGGAAUAGAACAAGUGCCUACACAAGACAGCCACACUGAAGUCAGCCAGCAGGGUCUUGUGUCUGGGCACAGUGUCAGGGACAGAAGAGGAAGUUCCUCCAACACUAUUGAAGAAAAUACGGAACCAAUCAGGGAACCUUUGGAUCUGUCAAAUUCACACAGUAAAAGCACCCACAAUCACACAAAUGAAACCAGAGGGCUAACUUCCAGUUCCCCAUUGGCAGCAGGACUAUCGAAAGAUGGUCAACAAUCUUCAAACACACCUUCAACUAUUGAACGCCACCAACACCACCACAAACCCCUCCGGUCGCUCCAGUUUCCUGUCCCCCCACAGCGCAGAAAGUCAGUGAAUUCAGAGCCUGCAACACCCAAGUCAGCUGAGUUGGAAGUUUCCAUGGCUGACCCAGCUUUCAACAAAUCCCCUGCACAAAGUUUAGCUCACAGCAACCCCCAGGCAGAGAGGUCUUCCAUUGACAGUGCAAGCACACAGAGAUUUUACAACUAUUCAACCCAGAUCCAUAGCACAGAGCACGUGACUCCAUUCUCAUCUAGCAUCAGCCCUGUAACCACAUCAUCAAUGUUAGGGAGCACACUUUAUACAGAAACAAGAAACACAGGUGUAAAGACAGCAUCUCAGGUGAACAACACCCCAUCCCCCUAUUUAGUUUCACCUGUUUCGUCAGCCCAUACCACCCUGCCUCACCCCACCAGAGCUUCAUCGGCCGGCACAUGUUCUGAAGCCCUAAGACCUGUGAGGACAAGUUCCUUCUUGUCCAACGGGGCGUUGUCACCUAGAAGGAUGACCUCUGUUGAACCAAUAGAUCUAACGCCUCCUCCAAGAGCCGCUGGCCUGCCGGUCAAAGACUUUUUCACCAGCCCGGCCAAAGAAAACACGUAUUCCUCGCUGUUGAUGGCGCAGAUAGCUUCCAAAAGCAAGAGACCAAGGGAGGAUAACACUGUCACUGAUGAGCUGUUUGGCUUUAUCAGACAAAGGAAUGAAUUAGACAUGGUGUUUCAGAUCACCAACAACCUGCAGAGAAAUGCAGUCAUAGACCUAACUGAUGCGGACGAUGUGGUGAGUGUCAGUUCCAUGGACAGUUACGAUGAGGACAGAAGGAACAAGCUGCCGGACCUGACCCUGCGGGACAAGACACCCACACUGGAGACUGAACGCUGCAGCAACCUACUCAGCGGGUACAGUGACAUCAGCAAUGAUAACCCUGAGGACUUUGAAAAUUUCCGCCAUGAAACUGCCAGCGCUGGGUAUGCCAUGUACCCACCAGGCGGCGAGUACAUCUACCCUGAAGAAAUUCCUGCGGUCCAGAUGUAUAGUCAAGAAAACCCUGCUCUCCUGUCUUGUUCAACCAUGCUUAACAGCCAGGCGCCAGAACACAGUCUGGGGAACCUUCGUGUCGAUAAGGCCAGAAAAGAGAACCUGGCAGAGAAGUUAAAAGCUGCUGUUUCGUUUCGUCGCUCACGCUCAGAGGAUGCUGAAGCUGUUCCACCAGAAGCAGACGGGGGUGUCCCUCAUCACAGCUCUGAGGCUGGCCAUCAGGAACUAUUAGGGGAGAGACCUGAACAAAGUGUGCAGCAGGCUGCUGCAACCCUCUUGAUGCUGUCCUCCAACCCACUGUACACCAACUUCAUGAUAAGCCCUGAAGCUUCUGAAGCAUAUCAAGAAAAAGUCUACCAGGUUCACCCAACAUUGGAGAAAGGGAAAGCUGACGAAAGUGAAUCAGUCGACUUGCCUCACAAAACAGGGACCAGAACUGGAAGAAGGGUUGGCAGACCUCCUAAAGAUCAGCCUAGGCUAGAAAGUGAAGACAGCUCUAGGGUAGCGCAAGCUUCUCAAAUUGGGCAUUAUUCAGCAGAGCCAUCAGCUAAUGUUUCUUAUCAGACAUCACAUUCCACUAGGGAGGCACCCCCACGGAGCAAUGUAGGUAUGAAUAAGUUUUAUAGACAAGGUGAUUUCCCUUAUAGGAACACCAUGGCGGAACAUUACCAAGCUGGAACCUCUGUGGAGACUGAUAGCAUGUACCACAAUUUGAACUCUAAUGCAAACCAUUAUGUGCCACCUGGGUGGAAUCAGAGGAGUGGCAACAUGCCUGCGCCACCUGAACCAGGUGUGAGCAACACUGCACACAUGCAGGGCACCAACCCUGUUUAUCUACCCAGUUAUACAGCUACACACAUGACUCCAAGCCAUGCAGGUUUAGUUGAUGGAGGGCACCCAAGUAACAGCACCUUCUCCCAGCCGGAGCUCACCCCUGAUUCCACUACUAAAGUUAAGAAGAGGAGGACAGCAAAGUCAAGGAAAAAUGUGCUGCUGGAUGAAACUAACGAGCCCCAGAUGGUUUCUAGUAGCCAAACAGUUACCAUGAAAAAGACAAGGGUACCCAGAAGGAAACAGAAAGUUCCAGAAAAUCCGCCAGAUUCUGGCCCAGCUGAUAACCAGUUGAACGGCGACACCUUGACCAACUCUAGCAUGAAUGGGAGAGUUGCAGGUGAGCUGGUCAGUGGAGCCUCUGAGGAGACUUCAGCCUCUCCUGUAAGCAGAGGACGUAAGAGAAAGACCAACUUGACAGUAAAUGCUGAAGAGUUCCAGGCCAACCAAGUCACGGAUGAUACCAAACACAGGCUCCAGAAGCGGGUCACCAAAAAAAUCCUGCCCAAGCAGGCCCCUGACCUCAGUGGGAGGCAACCUGUGCUGGGCCCACCACACCUCAACAGGUCCAACAGCAUUAUUGAGAUAACGCAUGAAGUGGAGUCACUUUCUUCCCAACCUGUCAUCACAACAGCUCACAAAGAAAAUGGUUUAGUUGUUAUCUCUUUACAGACUGCUGAAGACGAUGCUCCUGAUCUGACUCUGGAUAACUCUGCUGAACCUGUCAACAGCUUAUCCCCCCUUAACUUGAAUAAUUAUCACCAGCCUUCAUCCAAUGCUGGGGACAGCAUACUGGACCUCAGCAAAGCUACACCCAACCAUAAAUCUCACUAUGAAGAACAAAGCCUCUGGGCCUCCAAAAUAAACAAUCUUUUGAAGUCACCUGACCUAGGGAAAAUUAACACACAAAAACAAAAGGAGACUAAAAAUACACCAGAGCAAAGACAUGCAAUCUUGAAGGGAGAAAGAACAGGUUCAGUUGAAAGCAGUCCUCUUGAAGUGUCAGUUAACUAUUCUGUAGAUAAUCAAAGCAAGACCUACCCAGGUAGAAAAAGGAGGGGUAGGAAGAAGAAAGAGCUCACUAACCAGCCAUCGCAAGUUAGGGACAAUGAAGAUAAGGAGAAGGAAGUGAUUGCCUGGCUAGCUAUGAAAGGGGAUAAGUAGGGUUGUUGUGUGAGGAGCAAGAAAAUUCUAGAAACCUUAGUUGUGUGAUAUUAAAAACUAUAUCCCACUUCAUAUCUAAGUUUAUUUCCAUAGUGUCAAUUCUGUUGCUAAGCCAAGAAAAUGAUCGUCCAACUUCAUGGAAAGGUUCAUUUUAUCAUGGUGGUUUUAUGGUGUAUUGGACUUUUUAAUCAUUUUAUUUUAAAAAGCAGCUAUUUAUAUUACCAUUAAUCACAGGGCAUUAUUAAAGCUGUACAUAGUGUAAAUAUUUUGGUCUAUGCAAGAAUUCACUAGUUCAUGUAAGCCUUCUUUGUGUAAAAAAAAAAACAAUUUCAAUUUCGUGUGAAAAUAAGAUGUGUAUGACUUUACCUAAUGAAUGGAAGAUAAGCCUAUCAGUUUGGUCAGUUUAUUGAAUACAAUAAUGUAUCAACAGUUUAACAUUUUAUAUUUGAUUUAUAACAUUGCAAGUUAAUGCUGCUAAUUUUGUUUAUAAUUUUCUGAUCAUCUUUAUAAAGUAUACACUUGGAUACAUGUUUAAAUAUUUUUUUAAAAAUAUAGCAGCUGAUCUGUCAUGUUCAAUGUGUUUUAUAAAAUAUGUAUACAUUUCGUCUAUGUUAUAGCUUAAAGAUGGAGAUUAGCCUAUCUUUUAUCACAUUCCUAAGCCAUGGGAAGUUUACAUCAUUUGUACUUUGAAACAAUGAUUUCCAAAAGUUAAUUCCACUAUUGCUAACGAUAGAAGUGUUGUAUGUGCCAAUUUAAGCAGUCUUGUUUGUUGUGAGAAACAAUAAUUGCUGAUUUGUUUGAUGACUGCUGUUCCUACCCCCAUGACUUUCUUCAUACAAGCCUUCCUAGUUUUUAUUUAUUUUCAGGCAUACCAGCUGAACCAUUGGAUUUUUAUACCUGCUUAUUAUAAUUUAUAAAUAAAAUAUUGCUAGAGUUUACUAGCAAAAUAGUUUCUCAUUUCUAACAUUUAAUUGUGAGCAUAAUUCUGUCAUUUCCAUCUGCUUUAUUAAUCUGUUAUAUGUUGUUUUAUUAACAAAUUAAAUGGGCAUUGUAUGUGUUUUAAAUCUGACAUUUAUUAAAUGUCACCUUUUUUAUUAAUAAAUAUUUUUGUACAAAUACAUAGGCAUUACUUUUUUUGUUAAUAGUAAGCCUAAACACUAAAAUGUGUCAAUACUCUCAUCAUAGCUGUCUCAUAUCAAGUAUUAACAUUAGAAAAAUAAGUUGUCAUUAAAAUCUUUAUAGAUUUAAGUCUAAAAACUGAGUAGAUGAUUCUUUUACAGUGACAAGAAAAAAAACUGAUAAAGAAAGUUUAUUUAGUUGUUUUCAUUCUUUGUUUGAUUUUUUUUUUUCAUUUACUUGCUUUAAUUCCUCUAGGACUUAACUCUUUAAGCUUUUGUUUGAAGUGUAUGGUUCCCAACAUUGUUUUUUUUCUUAAUAUACUUUAAAACAUUUAAACAAGGAUAUUCCAGGGGUAUAUCAGGAAAUAAAUUCAGGGUUCUAGUGAGUUGUUACUUUUUUUUCUCAAUCUUAACAUAAACAGGCAUAUUGCCUAAUGGAAUAGAAAAAAAAAACUUGAGAUUAGUUGAAUUUUAAAAUCUAAAACAAAUCACUUUGUUUUUAUAGAUCAUUCAACUGCAUUGGUCUUCUCUGAAGAUUGUAUGCACUCCGCUAGCUUAAAGCUCCAAUGGAAAAUACUAAAAAUGACUGUUACACACUCUGGUAAAAUGAGUUAUUUCUCCCUAAAAUUGACAGAUUACCAAAUCUUUGUCAAGUUGUUUUAGCCAUUGCAACAGCGUAUUCAUAAACUUCCCCAUGAAAGGGUUAUACUGCUUUAAUCUUUUUAUACUUACUCAGGCUAUUGAUUUCUUUAUUCAAAGUUGAUUUGCCUUAAUAAACCUUUGUAAAAUACUUCUAAGGUAUUGUUUUCCUACAGAAUUGCCUAACAGGUCAUUUUGUAUAUUUUUAAUUCAAUUAAACAUCUUUAGACAAAUCACAUAUAGUUUUUUGAAUUGCUUGAAGCAACAGAUAGAACACAGUAUGUUUGACUCUGUAUAGGAAUAAAAUAAUCUUACCUUCCACAUCAGCUCAGCUAAGGAUAGUUCUAAUAUGGGACUUUAAAAUGCCAUAGAAAAAAAAAAUUGAUGCGUAAAGUCAAAUUAAGGCCUACUGAGAGGAGUGGGGCGGCAGGGGAAAUUACAUCGUAUUAAGUUGUUUAGUAAAACAAAAAUUACACAAGGAUUUGAUCCAGUGAGGGUAAUAAUAAUAGUAAGCCUUCCUCCCACACACCGCAAAUAACACGUGAUGAUUGAAGAUGUACCGUUUAAUAAAGAAUCAAAUGCGGUUUUUUUUUCAGCCAUCUCGAGGGGGGGGGGGGGGGGCACAAAACAGACAUUGACGACUUUGCUUCCCUUUCGCAGUGUAAAACGAAAAAAAAAAACCCUGAUUUAACGCUAUUUUCGAAUUAGGGGAGAUAAAUCGUAUUUAACAAUAAAGAAUUAGCUAACCACCGGAUAGCUUCCCCUUGCCAUAAACUAAAGCAGUUUUUGGAAUCUGAGUUUCAAAAUAGCUAUGCCUAAAUGUUUAAUUUUAUUAUGACCCAGCUGCCCUUUCUAUCUGUUUGUAAAUGUGUUGUCUUAAUUGGUUAGUUAUUGGGGAGGACUCAUCUUUAUUUUAACUGGAACAAUAAUACAGGGAGGAGGGUUUUUUUAAUGAGUAUGUCAUCACUCAGAUCAAAUAAAUCGCGGGGGUUAGGAUCGUGUAAUCUAAUUGUUUCUUGACUUUUUUCUUUUAUUCUAGCAGAAAAAAAAAUGCAAGUGAUAAAUAACUUGUAUUAUCACCAUUGUGUCUUCACAAGAGCCGGGGAAAGUUUACACGUGAUUUUGUAGGCAGAGACGAAAUAUGACUAGGAAUAAAAAAAAAUGUUGAUAUAGCCAAUCUAGGUUAUUAAGAUUAUCUGCUAAGUAAUAAUAAAAUAAAAUGCAUGUUUAAAGUUAUGUUAAAUUAUGUCCAAGCUGUUUGGUAUUUAUUUGUAUGGAUGACAAGCUGUUAUUUUUAAAAAUCAAAAUAAACUGUAAAAUAAAAGUC